AGAAAGUUACUCUUUCGAAACGAGUAACUUUUAAUCGAACGAAACCUGAUAUGUAAUCUCGUAUCCCCCGUUUCUUUCCCUCUUUGCGUGUCAUUUCUUCCUUCUUUUUCUCCCUUUUUUCUUUUUUUUUUCACUCUGUUGCGCGGCGUCAAAGCGGAACACGCGAAAGGAAAAGAGAGAACGGUGGGCACAAUAGAGAGACAGGUUGUCGUUUUGCUCGUUUCCUUUAUCGUUUAGUAGCCACUGGGUAAUUGUGUUUUUUAUCUAUCUGUCAGUUGCAUAUCUACUGGAAGCAGGAAAUUUAAUGAAGGAUAAAGAGAGAGAGAGAGAGAGAAAGGAGAAAGAUAAAUAAAUAAAAUGUAUAGCAAGGUUUCUUCAAAUCGCGCGAACGAAUGCGGGGAGGGGAUUUCGUUUUUAUCCGUAAAUUGGCCGACUCGGAGAGAAAUCGAUGCCCGCCCGGUUUGCUGAAUCAUUGAUCGCCAGUAACUAUAACGUUCGAAUAAUUUAUGCCGUCGAUGGUUUUUGGAAUCGUGAAAUAUUUAGAGUCUCAUGAUCGUUGCGGUGUAACGAAAUAACCCGACCCAUUUGGUAAACCGCUGUUACAAAACGUAUUCCAUAUUUCCACGCCGGUGAUCAUCGACUUGCGACGAUUGUUCCAACGAUAUUCCAACGCCGUGAGAAUCUUUCACGCCUCUCCUCUCCCCCUUGAAAAUCAUUUCCUCCCGUUGCGCCUCCCGAUCAAUCCCAUCCAUCCUAUUCACUGUCAAGAACAAUUUAUCUCGUUACCUCGUUGACGGACGGGUCAAAUUUCAAGUGGCCGAUAAUUAAGAUGACCAGGAAUCGUGAAGAAGGGUGUUUCGUGAUCGAAAUAAAUCGGUGAGAGAGGAAAGCCAUUCUCCUUUGAUGAAAAAAUUCCCUCGACGAGGAAAUCUAAAACAACGAAAGGAGGAUGAGAUUAUGGAUACUGGAAAGGAACAAUUUGAUCGUCCUAGCGAUCUUCACGUUCGCCCUCUACGUCUACUUCAACUGUACCCUCGACGAUAUAAUACAUUUCAAACGGAUGAUCGCGGGGGACGAUCGAGUCACAAACACGACCAAGAAGAUCCUGUUCUGGAACACGAUGUUCGACGACGAGAAUUUUUACAUGGGGAAAGGGGAUAUAUUCGUCGAUUGCCCCGUCAACGAUUGUUACGCGACCCACGAAAGGGGUUACGCGAAUCUCACGGAAUUUGACGCGGUCCUGUUCCACGGGAACGAGCUGAAACUCGCCGAUCUGCCUUUGCGAAGGAGCCCCCGCCAGUGGUACGUUUUCGUGAAUCUCGAAAGCCCGGCCAAUAGGCCCCUCUCCGACCAUUUUUACGAGGAUUUCUUUAACGCCACGAUGACGUACAGAUUGGACAGCGAUAUUGUAUGGACUUAUGGGAUCGUGAAGGACGUCCACAAUGGGCAAACUGUGGCUCCCGACAGAGACGCACGUUGGGAAGCGUUCUACAAUCGAGCAGCAGGUAACCAAUCGCACGGCAGCGAGGAUGCAUCUUCAUCGAAGAUGUUUCGUAGGAAGGUGAGGCCGAUAAUCUGGUUCGUGAGCAACUGUCAGGCAAAAAGCGGUCGGCAGGAGUACGUGGACGAGCUGUCGAGGCACAUACCGAUCGACGUUUACGGGAAAUGCGGGACCAUGUAUUGUCCACCUAGCGUGGACUGCUUCAAGCAGGUCGUCGAACCCCACUAUUUUUUCUACCUCUCGUUCGAGAAUUCGUUCUGCGACGAUUACGUAACCGAGAAGCUGUACAAUGCCCUCAGGUACAACGUGAUCCCAAUCGUGUACGGUGGCGCCAAUUACAGUCUCUUUGCCCCACCACGAUCUUACAUAGACGCGUUCGACUUCGACUCUCCCAAAGAUUUGGCCGAAUACUUGAAGAGAUUGAUCAAAGAUCCCCGGGAGUAUAAUAAAUAUUUCGCUUGGAAGAGGUAUUAUAAAAUCGAUGGAGGUAUUCAACGCGCCGCUUGCAAUCUUUGCGAGUUUCUCCACAAGAGGAAAGAGCCGCGAAUGUACAAUUCAUUGUCUAAUUGGUACAGUCAGCAGAAAUGUCCUCUCCAAGAAUUUCUACGUUAUCACAGUUAUCUCACAGGUUCCGUUUUAAAAGACUGACUUUACUGAUAGAUACUAUUUUUAUUAAGUUGAAUAUAUAUAUAUAUAUAUUUUUUAUUUUUAAAAAAUAUCAUAAUCGUUGCAUCAUCAUUCAAAUGGAUUGAAAUGAAAAUCAUGGAAAAUCUAUGAUUUCAUUCCCUCGUUUUAUUUAAAUAUUUAUAAUUUUAUCAAAACGAUCGUGAACUUGACCACAUUUUUUAUAUUUACCAUAUUUUUCGUAUUUAUUGUACAAUGUAAUGAAACGGUGUAUAUUGUGUGUAAAUGCAGAGAUAUCGACGAGACUUUUUUUAUCGUUUGAAAAACUCGGUAAGUGGAACAUUGACUUUCGAUGAACUGAAAUAGAAUUUCGAGCGAUAAAUGAAACGCGAAUUUCAUCUUGUUCCAUGAAUUUGCUAAUUGUAAAUAAAGUUAAACGAAUCAUCUUUAAACGAGGAUACGUAUAUUCGUUAAAAAAAUUAUUCAUUAAAUUUGUUUUUCGUUAAAAAUAUCAAUUUCUGAUAAAAAAAAAAAAAAAAAAGAAAAGAAAACUUAUAUGAUUAUAAUUUGUGAUUAAAGUAUUUCAGAAAAUCAAAGCGAAGUUUCGUCAUUACACCUUCUAUAAAAUAUUCAUUCAGUUGAAUCGCAACGUUGAAUGCACCGAAAACCAAUGAUUUU